AUGAAAAUAGAUAGAUUGGAAGCCACUCAUUCGAUAGAAAUUGACGGAGGUGAUGACAUUGCGUGCUCGGCGAUUUGCGCUUUCGAGUCGAUCGUCUCUGUAGAAACUUGUUUGAAUAAACCUAUUUGAAAGAUUUGAUCCCUCAGUUUAUUAUAUUCAAAAGUUUCAGUUUAACUGAACUUUUACAGUUAUUCCAAUUAUUUUUAUGUGCAACAGAUACUGGUUCAUUCCUUCUCGUGUAAUAAUAAUUACAAACCUAUCCCUACUGUUAGUUCGUGAAGAAUUUUCUGUUUCGGUUGGAUCGAAGAAGCUUUGAUCUAAUGUAGUAUUUUUCACGGGAAUAAUAUUUUACCUAAUAUUGCUAUACUUUUUUAGACUAUUCCCUUAUGUAUUCCCAUCUAAUGUUUAAUCUUUCUAUCUCUUUAUCUAUGUUUUUAGGAUUAUUUAUCUUUUCAAUUUACAAUAAUUAUUUAAAGUUCUUCUCUCACUUAGUUCCAUAUAAUUCUCCUAAACCAUUAAUAAAUUUUAUAGUAAUUAUUGAGUAUUUAAUUCGUCCGACAACUCUUGCAAUUCGACUUUCGUCAAACCUCAUUUCAGGACAUUUAAUUCUAAUUCUUCUAAGUAAUUUUAUAAUAAAUUUCUUGUCUCUUAUACCUGUAACUAUCAUAAUUCAGAAUACGCUUUUGAUUCUUGAAAUUUCAAUGUCAAUUAUUCAAGCUUAUGUAUAUACCGUACUUAUAACACUAUAUUUUAAAGAAUCAAAUUAAUAUAAUGAAAAGGAAUUUUCCAUAUUUUAUAGCAAAAAAUAGUCCAUGGCCUAUUAUUAUGUCAUUUAAUUUAAUAAAUCUUCUAAUUAGAAUCAUUAUUUGAAUCAAUACUAA